AUGGGUCUGCCACAAGACUUUUCCACUCCGCUGCCCUCCAUUGAAUUGGACUCCCCUCUGUCCAAGCGUCGUCGCUUCACCCCCAACUCGCUGCCGCCUAUCAUCCCCAUCACGGACAACUCGGACAUUGAACAUCAUACCUUUGACUCUCCACUGCUGUUGCAGCUCUGCGAACAAACCCCAGAUCAGGCGGAAAUCGAGGCAGGUCUUCUCCAGGUCGGUAUGCGCGUCAGGAAGGCCGUAGCUGAAGGAUACAAGACCCAAAAGAAAUUCACGCCUCGGCCCUUUUUCAACAUGCACCGGCUUUCCCCCGAGACCCAGGCCGCCCUGUCUGCUAGCAACACUGAUACCACCAACGAGCUCUCCCCAUUUACGGCGGCGCAGGUCCAACCCCUCAGCACUGCCACCUUCUGCGGUAUCAGUCUGGCUUACCUCUCCCACUGCAGCGAGGACUGGUCGUCACCCUCGAUUGCCCAGCAGUCUCUCUGGUCUUACUCAACCAGCCACAAGCGUUCAUACGAGGUCGACUCGGACAGCGAUGAGAGCCAGGACUGGCAACCUCAGACUCCAAGCUUGGUGGCCGACGCGGGAAUGCACAUGCCCGUCGAUUAUUUCGCCAUCGAUAUGGAAACCAUGAGCGAUGGUAACCCGAUGACCCAGAUCGGGGACCGCGCCCGUCAACACCUCCAUGGUCGACGCAUGGCUAUGCCGAAGAGUCGCGGCCGCUUCUUUCAACAACCCGAGACACAAAUGCCGCCUACCUCGGCCGCUAACCCGUUCGCGGACAUGAUGGUCCAACAACGCGAAUCUCAGUUCUCCAACCAUUCCGGUCACAAGAGAAUGAUGAGCUGUGGAAUGGAAGCUGCCAUGGAUUUUGGCGAGGCUCCCUUCCUCCAACGACGAGAGGAUGUUGAGAUGGACUGCUCCUGA